AUGAUGUACCAGCAGCACUGCGCUGCUGCUGGCCAGUGCAACGGUGGCCAGUGUGCGGCCGCUGCCCAGUGUGCUGCCGGGCAGUGCGGCGCCUGCCAGGGCGCAUGCCCGGCGGGCGCAUGCCAAGGUGGUGGAUGUUGUCAGGGCUGCAACGCCUGUGGGGGCGGCUGCCCUGCCGCCGCCGGUUGCAGCGGUUGUGCAGGCGGAUGCCCUGGCAACUGCGGUGGCUACGUGGUGUCGAUGCCUGGGAUGCAAGGGAUGAUGAUGCCCGGGCAGAUGAACAUGGCCGGCCAACAGCCUGGCCAGGGUCAUCCGGGCAUGCAGUUCGUGAUGGUGCCAGGGCAAGGCGGUGCUGCUGGGCAGAUGCAGCACGCCAUGCAAGGCAUGCCUGGACAGAUGCAGGGCCAGAUGCAGCAGAUGCAAGGUGUGCAAGGCGGCAUGCCUCCUCAGCAGAUGCAAGGACACGUGGGGCCGGAUGGCCACCCAAUGGCUCAGCCGACGCCAGGCCAGUGCGGGCAGAUGGCGCUGCCGGACCAGGGCAAAGGAGGCUGCCAAGGUCCACCUCAAGACGCAGGGGACGGCAAAGGAGGUCGCGUGGCAGCGGGCCUUGGCCGCAACACGCAGCCAAAGCAAGGAGCCAACUGGCAGCAGGGUGCAGGGCGCGGUGCGGGCCGUUCCGGGGACGCACGGCCCUUUGAGCCGAACCAUCAGGAAGCGCCCGCGGUUCCUGGAGAGCAAGGCAAAGGCGGCCAAGCUGGUCAGAACCCACAGGAUGGCAAUCAGAAGGGCAACAAACUCCGCAAUCCGAAGAACCCCUGGGCCGACAUCCAGGACUCCGUCGGCUUAGACCAGGAGAUGAAUCAGCUGUGGGACAUCAAUAUGAGGCCCGGCCAGAUGCCCUCCAUGGACACGAAUCAGAAGGCUGGAAACUUCAAUGGUCCAAGCAAAGGCAAGGGCAAGAAGGACGGCAAGGACGGCGGGAAGCACAACAACGAUGACAACAUGGGAGGCGGAAAGGGUGGCAAGGACAUGCCGCAGCAGAAGUGGGUCGAGAAAACGGACCCGCAGGGCAAGGGCCAAAGAGGCGGCUGGCAGCCCAAGGAUGUCAUGAAGCAGCAAGCGAUGCAGCAGGUCCCGAUGUCGCCGGGCGGGAAGAGCAACAGCAAAGGUGGUGGCUAUCAGCAGCCGCUGAUGGGCCGGGGCAUGGGGGCCCCUCAAAACCCGAUGCUCGCCCAAAGCCCGGGCCCCAAAAAGAACAAGAAGGGUGUUGGCCGAGAUCCGGAGAUGGACGACUGGCUGAGCCUCCGCUUUCAAGGCCAAAUUCCGGCGACCCCCACAGGAUCCACGAACAUGGGAGGAGAGGAGAUGUGGGACGAAGAGGAGGAAAGGCGGAAGCGAAAAGGAGCCGGCAAGCAAGGUGGUGGCAAAGGGCAGGCCAAGGGCAAGGGUGGCAACGGCAAAGGCAAGGCCAAAGGCGGCAAAGGUGGAGGCAGCUGGCAGCGCGCAAGCGGAUGA